GCUUGUCUUCUUUGUCUCCAAACUUUCCUCACUUCUCUCUGUGAAUGUGCGACAGAGUUCAUAGUAAAAUUCGAAUCUUUUCCAAUUUUCUCUCAUUGUUUGCUCUUCCCAACAGCUGAAGAAGCAAAUUCUGGGAUGAAGAAUUAAGGUUGACAAAAUCUCCAAUGAAGGAGGCCAAGAGGAAGAAGGAAGCUGCGGGGACUUUUCCGGACGAGGUGUUGGAGAGAGUGGUGGGGAUGAUAAAGUCGCACAAGGACAGGAGCGCAGCGUCGCUGGUGUGCAAGGACUGGUUCAACGCGGAGCGGUGGUCGCGGGCCCGCGUCUUCAUCGGAAACUGCUACUCGGUGUCGCCGGAGAUCGUCACGCGGCGGUUCCCGAACAUCCGGAGCGUGACGCUCAAGGGGAAGCCGCGGUUCUCCGACUUCAACCUGGUGCCACCGAAUUGGGGCGCCGAUGUCCACGCCUGGCUGGCGGCUUUCGCUGACAAGUAUCCCUUUCUAGAGGAGCUACGGCUCAAGAGGAUGACCGUUUCUGAUGAGAGCUUGGAGUUUCUCGCGAGUUAUUUCCCUAAUUUCAGAGCCAUUUCGCUUCUCAGCUGUGAUGGCUUCAGCACCGAUGGGAUCGCCGCCAUUGCCACUCAUUGCAAGAAUUUGGUUGAGCUAGACAUACAGGAGAAUGACGUGGAAGACAGAAGUGGCAGCUGGUUGAGUUGCUUCCCAGAGAACUUCACAUCACUGGAAAUACUAAACUUUGCCAACCUUAACAGUGAAGUCAACUUUGAUUGUCUUGAGAGACUUGUUAGUAGGUGCAAAUCGUUCAAAGUCUUGAAGGUUAACAAAAGUAUAAACUUGGAGCAAUUACAGAAGCUGAUCAGUCAUGCUCCUCAACUAGUGGAGCUUGGUAGUGGAACUUUCACGCAAGAGCUCACUGCCAAUCAGCAUUCGGAGCUUGAAAAUGCCUUCAGCAAUUGCAAGAAUCUACACACACUCUCAGGUUUGUGGGAAGCUAAAGCCUUGUAUCUCCCAGUUCUAUAUCCUGCAUGCACAAAUUUAACUUUCCUCAAUUUGAGCUAUGCGGCUUUGGGGAGUGGUGAAUUUGCAAGUCUUCUGGUUCAUUGUCCACGUCUUCGGCGCCUUUGGGUUCUUGACACAGUGGAAGACAAAGGUCUAGAGGCAGUUGGAUCACACUGUCCUUUACUUGAGGAGCUCCGUGUUUUUCCUUAUGAUCCUUUUGAUCAGGAGAUCAUCCAUGGAGUGACAGAAUCAGGAUUUCUUGCAGUCUCUUAUGGCUGCCGGAGGCUUCAUUACGUUCUCUUCUUUUGCCGGCAGAUGACUAAUGCCGCGGUGGCAACCAUUGUGAAGAACUGUCCUGAUUUUACCCACUUCCGUCUCUGCAUAAUGGACCCUGGCCAACCGGAUUACUUAACAAAUGAGCCUAUGGAUGAGGCCUUUGGUGCAGUGGUGAAGACCUGCACUCAGCUCCAGAGGCUUGCGGUUUCAGGUUUGUUGACUGACUUAACGUUCGAGUAUAUUGGAAAGUAUGCCAAGAAUUUGGAAACACUUUCAGUGGCCUUCGCGGGUAGCAGUGAUUGGGGGAUGCAGUGUGUGCUGAAUGGUUGUCCAAAGUUGAGGAAACUUGAGAUUAGGGACUGCCCAUUUGGGAAUGUGGCUUUGCUUUCGGGCUUAGAGAAGUAUGAAUCUAUGAGGUCACUGUGGAUGUCAGCCUGCAAUGUCACAAUGAACGGAUGUCGCCUGUUGGCCAGAGAGAUGCCUCGGCUGAAUGUUGAAGUAAUCAAGGAAGAAGGGAGUGAAGAUAGCCAGGCUAACAAAGUUUAUGUCUACCGUUCUGUUGCUGGGCCCAGAAGGGAUGCUCCUCCUUUUGUUCUCACCCUCUGAAGUUUCUAAAACGCAUGAUAGCAAACCUUUCCACAUAAAGACACUGGAAUUAUGAUUUGAAGCCUUAAUACAACUGAAUAAGAUGGAAGGUGAAA